AUGGGGUUUGUUUUCGCGCCCUUGAGGCGUAACAAUCCCAUUGGUCAUUUGCUGACUGGAUGGACAUCUUUUGCUAUGUCGAAUUUGUCAAAGCUUGACUUUGUGGCACUUGACAUUUUUGGAAAGAAUUACCUAUCAUGGGUUCUCGAUGCUGAGAUUCACUUAGCCGCUAAAGGCCUUGGUAACACCAUUACUCAGGGUAAUGAGGAAUCAAACCAGGACAAAGCGAAGGCCAUGUUCCUUCGUCGUCAUUUGGAUGAAGGUUUGAAAGCUGAAUAUUUAACAGUGAAAGAUCCACUUGAAUUGUGGACUGGCCUGAAGGAAAGGUAUGAUCACCUUAAGGCUAAGGUAUUGCCAAUGGCUCAAUAUGAGUGGAUGCACUUACGAUUGCAAGAUUUUAAGACCCAGCAAUAUCGUGAAAGGGCUUUUAAAAAGUAUUCUGAAUUGAUCUCAUGCCUUCUGGUGGCUGAGCAACAUAAUACCCUUUUGAUGAAAAAUCAUGUAGCUCGUCCCACAGGGUUAGCUCCGCUUCCUGAAGAGAAUAUGGCAGCUAGACGUGAUAAGUCUGGAAAAAGACAGAAUAAUAAUCAUGGCCAUAUGAAUGUACGUGGGCAUGGAAAUGGUAAGAGACGAUAUAAUAGUCGUCAUCGUUGUGGUCAUAGCAAAUGA